CCUGGCGCCGCGCAGCCAGGCGCCGAGCUCGAACCGGAGCUGCUGCGGCCGGCGCGGCGCCCAGGUGGUGACAGUUGCAGUGUGGUGACAUCGUCUUGCUUCCUCUAAGGCUCCUGUCGCUUCAUUUGUGCAGAAGUCAGCGUUGCUGGGAGAAGACAUGGGCCGCCGGUCCUCGGACACGGAAGAAGAGAGCAGGAGCAAGAGGAAGAAGAGGCACCGGCGCCGCUCCUCCUCCAGCAGCUCAGCCGACAGCAGGGCCAACAGCCGCAAGAAGGGCGGCCGGAAGUCCAGGUCCCACUCUCGGUCUUGGUCCCGAGACCUGCGGCCCCGCUCACGCUCUUAUGAGAGACGACGCAGACAUCGAUCCAGUAGCAGCUCUUCUUACGGCUCUAGAAGAAAACGAAGCCGAAGUCGUUCCAGGGGUCGAGGGAAAUCUUAUAGAGGUCAGAGGUCAAGGUCAAAAAGCAGAACAAGAAGGUCUAGGUCAAGACAUCGUCUCCGCUCCCAUAGCCGAAGCAGUGAAAGGUCCAGUCACAGAAGGACUCACAGUCGCUCUCGGGAUCGGGAACGUCGCCGAGGCAGAGAGAAGGAGAAAAGGGAGAAGGAGAAGACUAAAGACAAAGAGUCGCAGGGCGUCAAGCGUGGGGAAUCUGCAAACAUCAAAGCUGGAUUAGAACAUCUGCCACCAGCAGAACAGGCCAAAGCUAGACUACAGCUGGUUCUUGAAGCUGCUGCCAAAGCUGAUGAAGCAUUGAAAGCCAAAGAAAGAAAUGAAGAAGCAGCUAGGAGGCGCAAGGAGGAAGACUCAGGCACCCUCGUGGCACAAGUGAAACGCGUGAAAGAGAUUGAAGCCAUUGAAAGUGACUCCUUUGUGCAGCAAACAUUUAGAUCAAGUAAGGAAGUCAAAAAGUGGGCAGAAGCUGGCGAGGUGAGACCCGCAGUGGCUGCAGCACCGGGACCUGCACCUACAGCCACAGAUGCACCCAGUGAAAAGGAAAUCGAUUCCAGCAGCAUCCCGACCUCUAUCAAGUACCAGGAUGACAACUCACUGGCACAUCCCAACCUAUUUGUUGAUAAAGCUGAUGCUGAAGAGAAGUGGUUCAAGAGAUUGAUUGCCCUCCGACAGGAAAGGCUUAUGGGUAGCCCUGUGGCCUGAGUCAUGCAAGUGUGUCUGGAUUAGCAGUGACAAUGAAAUUUAUCAUAUGACCCCAGUGUUAACUUUUUACUCAAAGAAUUCAACUGAUUAUCUGAGACGAUAGUCUCAUUGUUUUCUCAUGUAGCUUGAAAUAUUGUUGAUAUUAAACAUUGUGGAUAAAAAAAGUGUGGACACAUUAAGAAAGCACAAAAUGUCAUACUCAUUAA